CAUCAUGGCUGAAGUUAGUAACAGUAACAAGAAUAUCGAGUUGGUGUCAGCUGAUCACGUUAUAGAAGAAGGUGAUACAUCCGUUGAUGAAAAGAAAAAUGAUGUAGAACUAGAAGAGAAACCAAAGGAAAUUCAUAAUCCUUCAGAUGCACCGCUGGCGUUAACAGAAAAAGUUAAAAUUGAUAUUCUUUUGAAAGCCACGGCUGAUGCUCCAAUCAUGAAAAGAAAGAAAUGGGCAGUAGAUCCUUGUAAAAAGAUUGGAUGGAUUAUUGAAUUCAUUCGGAGAUAUUUAAAACUGGAUCCUUCAGAAUCACUAUUUUUAUAUGUAAAUCAGGCGUUUGCCCCUUCACCAGACCAGGAAGUAAGAAAUUUGUAUGAGUGCUUUGGUGCUGAUGGAAAACUUGUCCUUCAUUAUGCUAAGACACAAGCUUGGGGUUAAUGAUGUUUACCCUAAGUCCUACACAGGAAUGUAUAUGAAUAUAAUUAUUUACUUUUGUAUCUUUAAGUCAUGUAAAUAUUGAAAUUAAUAAAUUCCGUUGCUUAUGUAUAAGAAAGUUUUAUUAAUUGCAAUUACUGUCAUCUGCAAAAAAUAAAAAAUAAUUGUGACUUUGUUGCUGUAAAAUUGUUCUUGACAAUUUUUAAGCACAAAAUAAUAGUCUUGAACUUUGACUUUUUAAUAUUUAAAAGAAUAAGGUUAUGAGAGUAUUCAUUUAAAAUUGUCACAACUUUUGUUAUAUAGAACUGUUAACAGAAACAUUCCUACAUGACCUUCAACAUAUAUGGUGGCAUGAUACUUUUAACUGAUCUAGCAAUGGAACAGGUCUAGUCUCAGUCUUUUUGUGAUGUUUUAUCAGUACACAGUUUUAAAGUAAAGCUUGACUCUUGGCUGUAAGGGUUUAUUUGUUCAGUUCUGUAUAAACUUUAAUGAUAUUUUUAGUGUGAUUACUUAAGUUUUGUUGGAUUUAAAACAGAUUCACAUCAGUUUGUGAACAUCAUCUUUUUUUUUCUUGCCUUUGAGGGAAGCAGAAUUAUAUUGUCUGUUUAUCAUUUCUGCUUCUGCAGAACUCCAUUAUUAAUACACCUGGUUUGUUUGUCAUGGAACAUUAUCAGCUGUUCCAUAAAUGCCUCUUUCUGCAUAUCGUUUCAAGUAUGCACAUUUUUUGGAUUGACACUUGACUUGGACAUUCUAACCACUUACAGUUCAGUGUUUUAAUGUCCCUUUGAAAGCUGUGUUUGAAUGAUCAAACACAAUUACAGUAGUAUUUAUUUUUAGAUGGAUACAUUUUCUACGUCUUUCCAAUGUUCAGUUUUUACCUUAAGAUCAAAGCUACUGCAAUUGAAAAAUAACUCACUAGGAACAUCUGUAGCUCAAAAUGACAAAUUAGUAUUCCUACUGUUUAGCCAGAACUAAGUUCC